CUAGUACUACACAGCAUGCCGCGUGUCCGCCCAAAAUACGAGUUGUGUGUGGGGUUUGAGGAGGAAGAUGUGAGUGAAAACGAGGAUGGGGGAGACGGGGGUGGUGACGAGGGGGAGGAGGGGGAGUUUGACAUCCAGCAGGUGUGGCAGCAAAUGAAGCAGGAGGCGGAGGAUCGGACACGGGCCGAGGAGAAGCAGACGGUCAGGGCAGGUGCGAUCCAGGAGAACAACAAGAAGGCCAAGCAGCGCAGCUCCUUCCUCAACUGGAAGCAGAAGAUCCAGGAAAAUGAGAAGCCAACAAAAGAAGAGUAUGCAAUCGCCAAACACCUGAGAUUCAAUUGUCCAGUCAAAGAUGCCAAGUUCGUUCCCAUGCAGAAUAUGGUCAAAUGUUUCUAUGGAAAUCAAGCCAUAAACACUUUGCUGGAUUCUAAAUGGGCAAAAUCUACCAAGAGUGAUAUCCAAUUCACAGACAGAAAAUCAUGUGUUUAUUUUCUAGAAAGGUUGAUGGUGAAAGGUCUCUUCCAUCGAGCCACAAAAAUUGAACGAAGCAAAAAAGACAAAGACAAGUUAAAGAAGAAAAAGAAAGAUGAAGAAAUAGAAGAUGACAAGGAAAAGAAGAACAAAAAAGACACUAAGAAGAUCAAGGACAAAGAUGCUAAAGAUUCUGAUGCUGAUAAACCAGACACUUCAGAUGAGAAAAAGGUAGAUGAAAAAGAAAAAAAGAAGGAUGAACCAAAGAAAGAAGAAAAGAAGAAGAAAGAAAAGAAACUGAGAUUGAACAUGGCAGAUGAACAGCGGUUUAUUGAUGCAGAAGAGAUAUAUGUGUGGAUUUACGACCCUGUGCCAAUGUCUACAUUUCUUAUAGGGCUCCUUAUGGUGCUUGGUGCUGCUUUACUGUGUGUGUUCCCCCUGUGGCCCGACUGGCUGAGAGUGGCCGUUUACUACGUCAGUUUAGUGGGAGCCAGUUUUGUUGGGUUUAUUCUAUUCUUGGCUGUUGUUCGAGGAUGCCUGUUUUGUGUUCUGUGGUUACUGACUCUGGGCAAAGUGCAUUUAUGGAUUCUCCCUAAUCUAACAGAGGAUGUGGGAUUCUUUGAUUCAUUCAAGCCAUUAUAUACAUACAAAUUCAUUACCAAGGAAGAUAAAGAAAAUGAAAAAAAGAAGAAAGAAGAAAAGCAAAAAAAGAAGAAGAAGCAGGAGCAAGAGGCCAAUGACUCGGAGAGUGAGGUCAACGAUAAAAACGAGGACCAAGGUGAAGGUCAGGAGGAGGAGGGAGGGGAGGAGGAGCAGAACGGGGAUCAGGAGUUUGAAUUGGUUGACAGAGAGGACCUAGAGGAGGAGCAAGAAGAGGAAGAUGAGGAGGAGCAGGGGGAAGAAGGGGAGGAAACUGAAGAAGGGGAGGGAAAUGUGACAGAGGAGGAGGACAAGAAGACAAAGUGAAGACUGAGUGGGGAACUCGCGCAGAGGGGGGGCCUCUGAAAUCAAGGAUUGUCAAAAUGAAAAAUUAGUUGAUAUUAAGACUAGGAGGCAUUUCUGUCAACAGAAAUACAUAUGUAUAAAGAAGAACAAGAAAAUCAUGGAAUGUAUGAUGCAUAGAGUAUUUUUUAAAGUUGAUUUAUGACUAUGAAUUUAUUUUAUUGUUACUGAGUUCAAAAUUAUUUUAUUUGAAAUUAAUGUUUGAUUAUAGGAUACAUUUAUUAUGUUGCAUGUACAUGUAGGUGUCCAUCAAAUUGAAAGAUAAGGUUUCUAGUUUCUUGUUUUUAACUAUUCUUACAUGUAUCUAAAAUAAAUGAAAUCAAUGUUACUGAGAGGAAAUAGCUGGCCUGGUGAGGGUUAUCGACUUUGUGAAGCUUGAAUCUCUACAGAUGUUUUUGUUAUACUGCUUCCAGUGAAGAUAUCCUUUGUUAUAUUACAUGUUGUCAAUAAAGGUGAUUGUCUGGCAAAUUAAAUUAUAUUUCCAG